AUGGCGUCUACAAGCAGGUCUUACAAUGAUGCGAUUGAUAAGCUCAACGAGCUUCAGACGCCCUUCGCGGUGAUUCAAGCUCGUCACCAGGCUGGCAUUCUGCCUGACUCUGUCCUUGGAAUCGCAAAGAUGCGGGCGUAUCUCACGAGGAUCGGAUAUACUCCUGCGGACCUUGAUCGUUUAAACAUCAUUCACGUGGCAGGCACAAAGGGAAAAGGAAGCACCUGUGCCUUUGUCGACUCAAUCUUCUCUCAGUAUCAGCAGCGCCAUGGCGGCCCUCGCAAGACGGGUCUCUUCACAUCGCCCCAUCUCAUGGCCGUGCGCGAACGGAUUCGCAUCGACUCCAAGCCCAUAUCAGAAGAACUCUUUGCAAAGUAUUUUUUCGAGGUAUGGGAUCGACUGGAGGAGUCGAGAGAAGCCCCCGACCCGGAAGUGCCGUUUGGAUCAAAGCCUGUGUAUGCCCGCUAUCUCACCCUUGUAAGCUGGCACGCAUUUCUGCAAGAGGGCGUUGAGGCAGCUGUGUAUGAGACGGGCAUAGGAGGAGAGUAUGAUUCAACAAAUCUGGUGUCAAGCCCAGUUGCGUCAGGUAUCAGCACGCUUGGCAUCGAUCACGUCGCUGUCCUGGGAGACACGGUCGAAAAGAUUGCGUGGCACAAGGCCGGUAUCAUGAAGACGGGAAGCCCGGCAUUUACAAUUGAGCAACUGCCCGGAGCAGCGGAGGUUCUCGUCAAUCGAGCCAAGGAAAAGAAUGUCGAUUUGCAAGCGCUCAAGAUCGACCGUCGUCUAGAAGGCGUCAAAAUCCGACCAAACGCAACGUUCCAGAAGAAGAAUGCAACUUUGGCAAUCGCCCUCGCAGAGACGGCCCUCAGAAAGCUCGGACUAUUGAAAGAGAUGCCAGAGUCAGAGCUGCCCCGAGAAUUCAUAGACGGUCUCGAAAAAUGCGUCUUCAGGGGCCGGUGCGAAGUGAAGGAAGAGAAGAAGGUGACUUGGCAUCUGGAUGGCGCCCACACUGCAGACAGCCUGAAAAUGUCGUCCAAGUGGUUCGCCAGCGAGAUCACUGGCCGGACCGGUCCCAGAGUAAUGAUUUUCAACCAGCAAGGUCGUGUCGAAGCAGUCGACUUCCUUCAACCUAUAUGUAACGCUCUUAAGCGCAGUGACGACGACACCGGCAAGCCAUCAUUCGACCACGUCGUCUUCUGCACAAACGUCACAUAUGCCCAAACGGGCUACAAGCGCGACUUUGUCAACAACACCAUUGAUCCCUCAGAAGUCGACAAAUUGACCGUCCAGCGCAGCUUUGCCGAAAAGUGGUCUUCCAUCGACCCCAAGGCCAAGGUGGUUGUCUUGCCGACCAUCGAGGAUGCCUUGAACUAUGCCCGCGGCGUGGCAGAGGGCGCUCCUGAGGGAGAGUCGGUUCAGGCCUACGUGACGGGGAGUUUGCAUCUGGUGGGUGGUGCGCUGGGCAUUCUUGAAGAGGCGGAUGCUUUGUAG